AGAACCUCUGUUUCCGUUCAAUCUGACGUGUACGGAUGUUUUCUGACAGUGGUCUACUCAGUAGCCCAAGGGAUUUUCUACCAAGAUGUCAAAGAAGUCCAAGAAGAAGAAGAAGCAGAAGAAGGAGAAGGAGACAAAUAAGUUAUCUUUUUCCUCCAGUGAGCAUUCGUCACAGAAGGAAAAGGGCACCAAGAAACGCAGUCGUGCAGAGGGGAAGCACCAUGGCAGCUGUUCUGCAGAGGAGAAACGGGGGAGAGAGAAAAGAGUUAGCCACUCCACCCCAGGGAACAGUGCAGCAGGGAGCAGUCAUGAGAAAGACCGGGAGUUCAAAAAAGCUCUCUACAGACUGGAGAAAACAACGUCGCAGGGUGAAGCCGAGGGAAAAAACGCCUGUCCUCUUGGAACCCCUCCUCAGGACAGCUCUGUGAGGAAGAGUUGCCCCAGCCAGGAUGGGUCGGCUACCGCCGGGGUCAAGACCGCAGACAGGGUGUCUUCCAAACCAGUCAGCAGUCUGAGCGCGAAUAAGACCCAGUCCCAAAAUGUGGAGAAGAUCCUUACGUUCCAGGGAAGCUCCAGUAAGCCAUCUGACAAGAGCCCCUCCAAAACAGCCUCGAGCAGACUGACAACCAGUCCCAGGUCCCUCAUGGCCCAGCUGAAGGAGCAGAGGAAGACGCUGGUGAAAAGGAGAUCCAGACCUGAGGAGAAGCCUGGCAUUGGGAAGGACCACACCUCCCAAGGUAGGAGCUACCAGGACCCCCAACUGUCCCUGUCACUGGCUGAAGAGAUGAGGGAGAAGAGGAGGAAGCUAGUGAAGAGGAGAUCUGAAGAAGAAAAGGAGGAUGUUUUAAAGGCUAAACGGGACAGGAGUGGAGCAAAAUACUAUAGUCUUCCCUCUAACAACACCACCACCACAAAGCAGUCCUCCACCUCUACUAAAAACGCUACCUUUGAGAAAAUCUCAAACACAGCAAGACAUAGGCCUACCACCCAAAAGCAGAGGAACGUCUCUGAUCUGUCCAAAACAUCAACAACAUCUAAGUCCACGUGUGCCGAGGUACAGAUGCCGCUACCCAAACCUCAGCUGCCUCUCAAUUUUAAGAUCCCAAAGAAGUCCAAACUUGUGCCACUGCCAGUUAAUAGAGCCAUCUGGGGGGGUGACCAGGAGGAUGAUAACGACAAUAACCCCAUCAGUGCUAGAGUGAAGGUGGUGUCUCCUGCUUCUAGGCUUUCUCACCAGGCAGGAAGUGCGUCCAAACUUUGGACACCAAGGAGUGUGUCCAAAUCUCUGAACUCCAAAGACGGUGUGUCUGCUGCUGUGAACAGAAACAAGCAGCACAAAUGUGAAACGGUUCCAGAAUCUUCCAAAGGUUCUAAAGAAUUACGGCCCAGGUCAGCUCAGGGAAUUACGGCCCAGGUGAUAUCACCACCCUGUAACAGAACAAUUUCCCCUGAAGAUUAUAUAGAAGUCUAUGAUAAUGACCAAGAGAUGCAGCUGGUGGAGGAGCUCCAUCUGGCCCGCAGUGAGAAGAGGCUGGAGCUGAAUGUGGUGGAGAUCUAUGGAGAACUCACCAGCAUGGACAUCGACCCAUCAGAGGAGGGCAUCACAUUCACACUCAGUAAAGAGGAGGAUCUUCAGCAGGAUCUGAUCAUUGUCCUGGACACCAACAUCCUUCUCAGUCACCUAGACUUUGUCAAGAAGAUGAGGUCACACGGCCUUGGAGCUCUAGGUCUCCCCACAGUGCUCGUACCCUGGGUGGUACUACAGGAGCUAGACUCUCUGAAGAACAGGAAGAGGCUGUCAAGCUCUGUAGCCCACCUGGCCACACCUGCCGUUCAUUACAUCUACACCUGCCUGAAGAGCCAGGAGCCUCGACUCUGGGGCCAGUCCAUGCAGCAGGCCUCUCAGAGCAGCCAGGGACUCAAUGCUGAGAAUAAUGACGACAGAGUGCUGCAGUGCUGCCUGCAAUACCAGAGUCUUUACCCAGAGGGUGCUCUCAUCCUUUGCACUAAUGAUAAGAACCUGUGUAGUAAGGCCUUGCUGAGUGGGGUGAAGGCCUUCGGUAAGGCUGACCUGUUGGAGGAGGUAGACAGGCUCAAAACACCUGGUGUCCACAACCUGACCCCUGUCAGCACACAGACACAAACCCUCACCUGCACCCCGAGCCAGACCCGUGACCACCAGAAACCCAGCCCCUUCCCAGGCCGGCAGCAGAAUGAACAGAGCAGGAGUGAUGGAGGGAAAGGGAGAGAAAUGGAAGAGAAGAAAAAGAAGGCUGCAGAAGAGGCCCGGGAGCUGAGCAGCUGUGUGUCAGUACUGGAGGACUGUCUGAAAGAGGCGCUGUCUCAGGUGCUGGAGAUUGAGAUGAAGGCAGCCUAUGAAGAACUGUGGACAGAGAUCGUAUAUCUUAAACCGCCCUGGACUCUUGAAGACCUUCUGCAGUGUUUCAAGAAACACUGGAUCUCUGUUUUUGGCAACAUCGUCCCUCGAAAUCUGCAGCAAUCCCUGGAAAACCUUCACAACUACUUCUUCUCAGGUAAAUCAGUAGAGCGUAGCUCUACAGUGCUGGCUCUGUAUGAGGCUAGAGAGCUGCUGCAGGCCUUCGGCUGCAGGUCAGACUACGAUGGGCGUGUCCAACCAGCCCUCGCCUCCCUGAACACCCUGCUGCAGAGGAUACUCCCUCAGCCAGAGAAAGCCGCAGAGGAGACCCACACCAGUGACGGUGACACUCUCAUGGCGGAGGAGGAGGAGGAGGAGGAGAAGGAGGAGAAACAGACCACGCCUGCUCGAGUGUCACACCAGGAAGUGUGGGUGAUGUUUGAGAACAUCUGGAACAAUGUGUGUGGGAUCAGCUCUGCUGUUUUCGUCGCUCUCCGCUUUGACCCGGGCGCCAUAGAAACCAACCAGCCAGUAGAGGGUCCUCCCCUUCCCCAGGACGCCGUCUCCUGUCUGCACAGACUAUCUACUGCUGUCAGACAACUGCUACAUGCCUUUACCAGGGUUCUGUCAACAGACAGCUGUCUAGAAGAUGCCCAGGCUCUCCUCUCCUUCAUCCAUUCCAGUGAGAUUGCUGCCAUGGAGCCCAGGUUCACUGCCAAAGACCUGUUGGACUGUCUCUCGCAGCACGAGUACAGGGAGAAGCUGUGUGUGGGGGGGACCCAGUUGGCAGAGCUGAACAUCAGUCUAGAGCGCUGCGCUGAGGUCACGUCCCGGCAGGUCACACCAAGCACCUGGCCCUGAUUGGACCACAACCAGGAAGUUUGGACUAAAACAUCCUACCAGAGGCCUCAAAUUGCAUCAUAUCACAACUCAACAACUUUACUUGAAGCCACUGUUUUCAUAUGGAGCUGACCUAUUUCAUUCAGCACCUUUUCUGACUUAAUUCAGUUUCUUGUGUGUGGAUGUUGGUGUAGAGCAGUGGUCAGUGGAUAAAGCCUUGUGUUCCUAUUUUCUUUAUUUAUGGCUGCUUCCCAAAUGCCCAAUAGGGCUCUGGUCUAAAGUAGUGUACUAUAUAGGGAAAAGGGCUCUGGUCUAAAGUAGUGUACUAUAUAGGGAAAAGGGCUAUGGUCUAAAGUAGUGCACUAUAUAGGGAAAGGGGCCCUGGUCUAAAGUAGUGUACUAUAUAGGGAAUAGGGUUCUGGUCUAAAGUAGUGCACUAUAUAGGGAAAGGGGCCCUGGUCUAAAGUAGUGCACUAUAUAGGGAAUAGGGUGCCAUUUAGCUGUUUCUGGUGCUUCCUACAGUAGCCAUUUUGGGCCUCUUCACCAUCUCUACACAACAGUGUGUUAGUGGGGAUAUGGAUCUUCCAAAUAUGUUGUUAUCCUCACACAGACCAGGUUUCCAUCCAACCAUUUAAUGAGGAUGAAUGACCUGAUUUCUGAAAAAGUCAUUACCGGUCUGAUGGAAACAGGAUAUGCCGGUAAAAUUUUAUAAAUCCCGACAGAGAAUUUGUUCGUUCGACAUGGUGGGAUGUUUUUGUGUCUGUAAAAUUAAUUAUAAGAGAAAUUCGGGUGGAAAUGCCUUUAUGCGCAAAUAUUGAUAUAACAACCAUCAUAUGGAAGUAAGCUUGGAGUCACGCGAUAAUAUGAUGUGUGAUGCUCCCACUAGGACUCAGGAAACCAGGCAGUUUAUUAGGCUACAGACUAAACAAGUUAUGAUGAACUUCACAGGGUUGUGAAAGUGCCCGUGAUGAGCUUGAUGCUUCUUUCCAAUACUCUGGUGACAUGAUGAUCAAUGUGGCUCCAUAAUAAUCUCAUCAUGCAAGUAGCCUUCCAGCACUGUGUCUGAGAGCAGUUGGCUAGAGAGCACAUGUCAAGACCAGAGAGGGCACAUUUGCUAUAGAACGCAACAGUUUUUGUGACAAAACCAUCAGUAGAGUUGAAAAUGUGAUGGAACCCUAUUGAACUUGUAUUUUUCAUUCGCUACAUGGGACUUUAACCACAAACCUUAUUCUUAUGUGCGCUAUGUCAUCACGCACAGACUGAUGGAAACGUCUCGGCUGGGAAAAAUCCUAUAUUAUUUUAUGCAGAUUGAUGAAUAUUCACAUGAAAAUCUGUCGCAAAUUGGAUGGAAACCUAGCUACUGGAUUGGCAUGUUUACACAUACAGAAUGGCAGUUUUUUCUGAUGUGUUUAAACUCUCAGUCAUCAUGCUACUCUCACUGUUACUAUGACCUAUGACCUUUUAAAUUGUAGUUUGGGUUUCCACUUUCAGCUUGCUGUGCUGUUUUUAACGAGGACCUACACGAUAAACCCACAUUCUAUACAAAAAGACAUGACUGCUCACAUCCAUGAUUGAGCUAACAUCAUCUCCAUAUUCCUCAGCAUUCAGUAUUUUUUUCAUUUUCUUUAUUUACCUUUGUUUAACUAGGCAAGUCAGUUAAGAUCAAGUUCUUGGGCCCCCCGAGUGGUGCAGUGGUCUAAGGCACCACAUCACAGCGCUAGCUGUGCCACUAGAGAUUCUGGGUUCGAGUCCAGGCUCUAUCGCAGCCGACCGGGAGACACAUGGGGCGACCAUGACAUCAUCUUCAUUUUCCUUUUGCAUCAUAAGUGGUACGCCAGGUGAUGUAAUGAAUGGUGAUUGGCUGUCAAUGCUCUCCCAGGCUGUGACUUACACAGGGAGUCAGACGGUUCAACGUGACAUGAACUAUGCUGUCUGUUAUGGCAUCAUGGCUUUGCCGUAGGCUUAUGAUAUGACCGUCUCAGGCCUGUUGAUAUUUAUCUUGGAUGUGUUCAUUUGUAAAGAUGUAAAUAGUUCAAUUAAAGCACCUAUUUUUAUUUGAACAACAAUGUACAAUUUAUUCUAACUCUUGUUAUAUGAUGCAUUAAAGUUUUUGAAUUGAA